CGGAGCUCCAUCUGAUGUCGGAUCCUCUGCGCUUCCUAUACUCCAUUUAUCCAUUUCCAGCUUCUUUGGCGCCACUCACACUGAAAAACGAAAAAAAUAUCGAGAGAAGCUCCGAUUUGAAUCUCAGCUUGAUGGUCCUAAUGAUCAUAAAAGGUUUGUUCAGGAGAUAUGAAAGAUGGAAUCCAGUGCAUCCAACAUCUGGAGCUUUUUGGGGCAUGGGAAUAGGCAUUGGUUGUGGGGUUGGAUGGGGUCCUGGCUUUGGUCCUGAGGUGAUUGGUUAUGUUGGAGCUGGCUGUGGUGUUGGAUUUAGUGUUGGCAUCACUCUGGCUGGUUUCGGCAUUGGUCUCCCUGCAAAUUAUGUCUUGGAAGUUCCUUAUAACGCUUUUAUGGCUACAAGAAGUGGUGCAUUGGAGUUUGCUCGAUCCAGUGCUCUACUUAGUGUGGGAAAUGGGUGGAGUAAUAUUAGCCCACACUUCUCUGGCUUACAAAGGAAAGCACUUAGAAGGUUUUCUAGCUUCAAGCAUAAAGAUUUAUAUGACAAAGUGGUAAAUUUUUCCGACAUGAAGAGUGUAAUGUCUUCCCAUACUAGUUCUAUUGUGGAUCAUUUACAGAAAUUUGGUGCUCGCUUCCAUCCUCAUAAAGGCUUGAAAGAUUGAUGUCAUGUAGGAAUCUCAUUCUCCAGACCAUAUUGUGAGAAUUAUACCAUUGGACUCUCAGUUCUCCUUUUUCUUUUCUUCUUAUUAUUGUCAUUUUACUUUACAUAUAAAUAAAAUUACAAGCUCUUCUUCCCUGUGAAAUGUUCACCAGCUUCACAAAUUGUCUUUACUCUGAAGAGAAAUGAAAAAGUAAAAUAUUGAAAUUGAAAAAGAAAAGUUAUGCUCUACUCAGUAUGUGGCAUUACAGGUCAUUGACAAGCACAGGCAGAGAACAAAGAACUUUCCUGAAUGUUGGCAUAUGUAUUGAAAAAACAUCACAGCCUGGCAAAAGCAGGGGUGAAAACUUUGGUGUAGAAAUGAAAGGAAAAGUAGCAUUUCUCAUCUCAGAUUUUUCUUUUUUUUUUACCGCAAAGGUUUACUUCUCCUAAGGAUAAAAAUGUUCUUUUGAGUCUCAUUUCUGUGCCCAUGCCAGAGAGAACAAGAAUAUAGCUUCUUGUAAUUUUAAGAAUAAUCAAUGGAUGUAUUGUUUGUUGACA